CUCCCGGAGUGCGGCGAUCAGCGGUGCGCUGUGUCCCUCGGACACAGCAGAUCAUCGAUCCAUGGAAAGAGCCGAAGAUGUCGGCUCGGUCAUGUGAUCAGCUGUGUCCAAUCACAGCUGAUCACAUGGGACAUGUACACUGAUCAUCAGAGCACUGAUGAUCAGUGUGCCCUGAUGGUCAGUGUAGCCCCAGCAGUGCCACCUGCCAGUGCCCAUCAGUGCCACAGCAAUGCCACAUAUCAGUGCCUACCAGUGCACAUAAAUACCACAUAUCAGUGCCCAUCUGAGCUGCCCUUCAGUGCCACCCAUCAGUGCCAGUCAGUGACACCUAUCAAUGCCAAUCAGUGCCACCUAUUAGUGCUGCCUAACAGUGCCAGUCAGUGCCGCCUAACAGUGCCAGUCAGUGCUGCGUAACAGUGCCAGUCAGUGCCGCGUAACAGUGCCAUAUAUCAGUG